AAUUUGAAGACCAGUACUGAAGCGCAAGAGUUUAAUAUUUGCAAAUCAAUGAUCACCGGAUUGUCCCUCAGAUGCGGUGAUAAUGCGACACAAAUUGUUCACAAAAUGAUCGCCAAAUGGGAAGACUUCAACAUAAACUCAAAACAUAUCGUUGGAGUGGAUGUACUGAAAGACAAUGUGCUGAUCAUAACCGCCGCCACUCCUGAAGCCAAUCAAAAAUUGUUAAAAUCCGCAAAAAAUCAUUUGAAAACUAAUCCAAGCAUUAAAUGGACUGAAAUGGAAGGAUAUGAAUUGGUGUCGGGUUUUGGUUGGAGUUUGAAAAUACAGGAACCAAUUGCUGACAACAGAAGAUCUGUUAUUAAAGGCUUUAAGUCAAGAAAAGAAGACAAUGUGUUGGAAAACAUUAAAUCUUUGGUUAAUUCUUGGAAUGACAGAAAAGUUUGCGCCGAUUCUGUUGUUUCUGUUGAAAGAAAUACAAAACAACAACUAAUUGAUGGAAAGGUUAACCUUUUUGUGACGGCUGUCAGCGCCGAAGCGUCUAAAGCACUGGUCAGAGCCGCCAAAUAUCAUCUCAACCCCAAUAGUGGCAUAAAAUGGAAACGAUAUAAACAUAUGUCUCGAAACGUCGGCGAAGACAUGGAUGACUAUAACUGCAAAUCAGUGAUCAAAGGAUUGGUGACCAGAAGUGGCGAAAAUCUAACAGAAAUGGUGUGCAAAAUAGUAGACGAUUGGGACGACAACUCAGUUACCGGUAAUUCUAUAGUUCGUGUGGAAACCAAUUCAAGACAGCGAAGAGAGGACGGAGACCAACAACCGGUCAAUUUGUUUGUCACUGCACUCAAUCCAAAGGCCAGUCAAGCGCUAGUUAUGGGCGCAAAACGCCAUAUAAGAGCCGAACAUAAGAUAAAAUGGACUAAAUAUACGCCAAGAGAUGUGUCACGAAGUUCUGAAGCCGUCUCUAACUAUAAUUCCGAUGACAGCGACAGUGAUUUGAGUGAUAGUAGUUUCUAUUCCACGUCAUCGUCAGCUCAUUUGAAUCUAAUGUCAAACGCGUCCAAAACUAUGCCUCAAAAUCAAGACAUUUGCGGCACAUCUUAUGAUAAUUCUGUUUCUAAUUGUCUGUCAAUUAUCACUGGUUUGAAGAUUAGUUGCUAUCAAAAUGCCGUCAAAACUGUGCGUAAACUAGUGUUCAGUUGGAGUAACAGCAAAAUUAAUGGUAAUUUUAUUGUCAAAGUGGAGCCGCAGUGGAGAUCACCGCCACAUAGAGAGUCCGUUCCGGCCCUUAUAGUGACCGCUUCCAGUCCUCACAGAAGUCGAGUACUGAUCGCCGGCGCAAACAUGCAUUUAAAGCCCAGUGAAGGCAUUACUUGGACUGAAUAUAAACCACAACAAAUCGGACCACAAUUACAAAGACAAGCGUUGGCCAGAAAUUAUAUGAUAAGCACACCUAAUGUGUCAAUGAAUCCAAUGAAUGGUUUAGCGCACUAUCAGUACUGGCAAUCGGUUCCCGUUUGGCAAUUCCUGCCAUUACAGGCACCCCUUCCUCUUAUUCAGCCCACAGUACAAACUUUGCCGCACAAUAACGUCAAUCUAAGUCCACAAACGGUCUCUUCUAUACCCUCGACCUCUACAUCCAAUCGUAGUAUUAAAGCACACAAUAUAUUCAAAACCGAUGACAACAUUGUGUCAAACAGUCGGAUGUCUGUAAUUAGAGGACUGUUUACGAAGGCUGACGACGACAUCACCAAAAUUGUGAGACGAGAGGUAAUGAAUUGGAGGGAAAGCCGAACGAAUGGCAACUUUAUUGAGAAAGUGGAGAGAGAUUCGCGUUAUGUGGGAAUCGAUGGAAAGGUUCCGUUGUAUGUGACGGCAAAGUGUGCCAAGACUUGCAAAGCGCUCAUCAGUUGUGCCGAUAAGCUUUUGGAUCGGAGCAAAGGCAUCGUUUGGACUCACGUUAACGCACGGCACGAGUCGUCGAGCCCUCAAGACGUGGACUCUUCUCACGGCGACCAUCAAAGUCGGGCCAAUCAUCCGAACCGUAUGUUUGUUAUCUGCGGCCACAGUACCAAACAUACCGAUGACGUCCUACUAAUGGUUCGCCAACUCAUCACUUGUUUCGAGAGCAGCGAAAUCACCGCCGAAGACAUCGUCGCCGUCACCCGUGACUACAAAUACAGGUCACGCGACGGCUCGGCUAUGCUUUUCGUGACCGCCAAAGAUGUCACUAAAAAGCGUCUGAUUCUCGAAAUGACCAAAAGCUUGGAUUCAAAGCUCGCUUUCAAAGACUACAUUGGAUUCAAACAC